AUGUCGUCUCAUUUACUGGAAUUGCUGGCUGCCAUUUUGUUCCUGGUGUCUCCUGGUAAGAUCUGUAGGGCAGGCAAAAUAAGUGUGCGAUGUUGUUGUUGUAUUUUUAGGUGUGGUAAGUAUGUUUGAGAGUAUACGGGAUAGGAUGCAUCUAGUGGUUGAAAAAUAUAUGGAAACAUUUAAAAGCUGUAUGUUGUUUUUUGGCCAACCACUGAGGUUAGAUCAAUAGAUCCACGAGGGCAGGGAAUAGUGACAGCAGCACUGAGAGCCAGGAAAGUAGCACUGAUUUAGACAUUCUUUUCCAGUAGAAUGUGGUGCUGGAAUCCUGAGGUAGGAGGGUGGACUGUACCAUUUUAGACUACAGGAGGGUGAUGUUAAGAACAAGUCCAACAGGGAGUGGACUAUUUUCUCCCUGAAGGUUUUACGUUUAAUCUUUUUGAUGUGGUAAUGUGAAGAACUGAUCUUAAGACUGGGCUAAAAAUGAGAAACCAAGGGAAACGAAAACUGGCAGAUUUUUCUUUAACAGCAACAUGGUUUCCCAGUAUUGCUGUGGGUGUGGUCUCUUCUUCCUUCAAUUGCCAUCACAAGGCUACCCAAGAACCAUUAUGUUUUGAGGAAAGGAGAGAUCUGGCUUUCAUAAAGGCUACACCCAGUUGCUUGUCUUAUUUGUUUUAAUUCAUGCGUUUUGUCUCAAUAUUUUUAUGUAAUCCACCUUGUGAGGUUAGUCAGAAAAGCAGGAUGUAAAUAUCUUAAAUAUUAGCUAAUAAAUGGAAGUGGAAGUGGAACAUAUGAACAAAAUUCCCUCCGCCUCAGAUUGAACUUUGCCUCCUCCAUCAAACCUCAGUACAGUGGUACCUCGGGUUACAUACGCUUCAGGUUACAUAUGCUUCAGGUUACAGACUCCGCUAACCCAGAAAUAUUACCUCAGGUUAAGAACUUUGCUUCAGGAUGAGAACAGAAAUCGUGCUCCAGUGGCACAGUGGCAGCAGGAGGCCCCAUUAGCUAAAUGGUGCUUCAGGUUAAGAACAGUUUCAGGUUAAGAACAGACCUCCAGAAUGAAUUAAGUUCUUAACCCGAGGUACCACUGUAUAUACGUUUCUUUUUCUAGUAUGGCAACUGGUAUCUCCUAAAAACAUAACUUGUGAAGUAUGCCCUUGGUCAUACACCCAUUCCUCACCAAAGUGCAACUUAGGGGGUGUUCACAAAUUACAUUUGACUAGUGUACCGUCUGUGUGCAUGUAUACAUGAAUUUCCCAGACACAGCCAGCAGUCAGCCAUCGGAAGCAAUGUCUGGGCAGAAAUCACUUGCAUGUCUGGGAAAAUCUGGAUGUUUGGCAACCCAUGUUGGCAGUAUUGCUUUUGAUGAUUUUCCUUAAAAAAAGCUCAACAACUUUCAUCCCCACUGCCCCCCCCCAAUUCUGUCCGGAUUUUCACUUCUUGAAAUAUGCCGAUCCUUUUUGCAUACCCAAAAAGCGGAGAUGUACAUUUGCAGUUAUUCACGUGUCAUAUUCAACAUGUUCAGCAAGUGUACCGUCUGUGUGUCUGUGUGCAUAAUAGCUGAGCUGUACAAAUCAGCUAGUGUACACUCUUUCACACAAAUGCUUGUACGUGUGCAGAGACAGCUUGUGGCCGCAUUCUGUGCACUAGGUGAACAGUCCUGUGAUCACACAAAGUUGUUUGAUUUGUCUAAUUUAUUUAACAACAUUCAGAUUGCUGCUUGGUUGUAAGGAAACCUCUGAGUGGUUUACAACAAUAUAAAACAAAACAUUGAAAUGAUUGAUAAAAACAGGUAUUUGAAAACAUUCAGAAGAUGAUUAAAAUCAACGGUACUUAAAAAGAAACAAAACACAUGUAACUUCGACAUGUCUGGAUAAGCUUGCCUAAAGAAAAAUGUUUUAGUCAGGCACUGGGAGGAGCACAGCGAAGGCGCCUGCCUGAUAUCAACAGGCAGGGAGUUCCAAAGAUCCGUUUCCUACAAGUGCAGAAUGCGUAUUAUAUGUCGCAACGGCACUUGUAAUACUGCAAGUUCUGCAUUUCAAAGUGACCAAGAAGGUAUAUAUGGGGUAAAACAAUCCCACAAGUCAACAGAUCCCCAGCUGUUAAGUGCUUUAUAUACUAAUAGUAACAUACCCUCCAAAAUUUCUCCAACGAAAAUAGGGGCAUCUUAAGGAAAAGUGGGACAUUCUGGGAUCAAAUCAGAAACCGGGAUGGCUUCUCUAAAUUGGGGAUGUCCGUGGAAAAUAGGGACACAUAACAUAUUGAGCUUCGUUUAUGUGGCAAGAUGGUAAUGAUUUGUGGUUUUAUGUUCUUCCAGCUGCCACAGCAGAUGAAAACCGGAUAAUUGGCGGGGGGCCUUGUCCGAUCAAUUCCCAGCCCUGGCAGGCCGCACUUUUUUCAGGCUUCAGACUGCACUGUGGAGGGACCCUGAUCACCAACAGAUGGGUGCUCACCGCUGCCCAUUGUAAAUUGGGAGUGUAAGUGUACAUGGGCGGGGAGAGGGCUGGGGGUUUGCGUGUGCAUGCGCACACAUAUGAAUAUCAAUAUUUGCGCAUUUGUGAACAUGAGAGGCACCGUAUUAUUACACUCACCAAACAUUUAAAGCACUAUGCUACCUCUUCAAACAGUCAUGGUUCACCCCCAAAUAAUUAUGGGAGCUGUGGUUUGUUAAAGGCACUGAGAGUUGUUAAAAGGUAAAGGGACCCCUGACCAUUAGGUCCAGUCACGAACGACUCUGGGGUUGUGGCACUCAUCUCGCUUUAUUGGCUGAGAGAGCCAGUGAACAGUCAUGUGGCCAGCAUGACUAAGCCGCUUCUGGCGAACCAGAGCAGCGCAUGGAAAUUCCGUUUACCCUCCCGCCGGAGUGGUACCUAUUUAUCUACUUGCACUUUGACGUGCUUUCAAACUGCUAUGUUGGCAGGAGCAGGGACCGAGCAACAGGAGCUCACCCCAUCGCGGGGAUUCGAACCACUGACCUUCUGAUCAGCAAGUCCUAGGCUCUGUGGUUUAACCCACAGCGCCACCCGCGUCCCACCUGAGAGUUGUUAGGAGAGCCCUAAAUUCCCCUCACAGAAUUUCAUUUUCCAGAGUAGUCUUAAUAAUCAAUCCCUUUCCCCAGGGAACUUAUCACAUCUAAUCUCAGGGGCAUUGUUACAGUGGGGCCUCACCCCUGCUUUUUUUUUUUAUGAAUUUUUUUCCCCAAACAUUGUUUUACUUUGAUUAUAGGAAGGCUGGGCACUGUACUGUUGCGUUUCCAGCCACCCACAGUCUUCAUAUUCCAGAGGCAUCGAUACAGACAAAUUAGGAUAUGCAAAUGUGUUACAAUCUUGUGACACAAGUACCUAGCAAGGCCCCUGCAAAUCAUAUGCAAGCAUGCGUCGACCAAGCUGAAGGCACGCAUUACGAAACUUCAACAUGGAAGGCAUUUCCACACAGCAUUAAUGUAAAUCUCACGUAUAGUCAUUGUGAGUGAUCUUUCUUGGCAAUGGAGUCUUGCUUCUGUUCUCAAUCCUGCAUAAGUGGCGUCCAGCAGCUGCAUCCAAAAGAGCUAAUAAUAAUGGGCAUUUGUGCAGUGCUUUUGAAUGUUCUAUGAGCUUCGCCUGCACUGUCUCACUGCAAUUCAUACAAAGCAUGGAUGGGGGAUUCUGUGGCUAUCCAGAAUCUGUUCAACUCCAACUCCUAUCAGCUUCAGGAAGGAUGGCCAAUGCUCAGGACUGAUGGGAGUUGGAGUCUAGCAGUAUCUGGAGGGUCACAGCUUCCCCAUCCCUCCUGUGAAAAAAGUAGAUGUACUUGACCAUCUCUGUGAACCGUCCUGAGACCUCUGGAUAUAGGGCAGUCUAUAAAUUUAAUUCACCACCACCAUCAUCUCUUUUUUCACUGCCAGGUAGAGUUGCCAACUUUUCUAAAGGUGCUGCUCCUAUUCUUUUAGCAACAGUCUGGCAUGGAUGUUGGAAAACGUUGCAUCUGCUGGACUUCUGCGAUGCUGUUAAAAGUGCAGGAUCAAGUCCAGUAAGAAAAACAAAGCAAAGCACUGUUGGCAGCACUCCUACCAGCCUAACUUGCCAUUUAUAUUUAUUUGCUCCUAGUCCUUUUCCUGUCCGUCUCGGGGAACAUCACCUCAAACAACUGGACUGGUCUGAGCAGCUGAAACUAGCCUCAAAAGUCAUUGUGCAUCCAGGCUACAACUCUCGGACCAAGAACAACGAUAUCAUGCUUGUCAAGUUGCUGACCCCGGUUUGCUUAAACAAAAAAGUCAACGUCAUUGAUUUGCCCACCAGCUGCCCCGUGCCUGGGACCCAAUGCCUCGUUUCAGGAUGGGGUACCACGACAAGCCCCCAAGGUAUGUUGCCUUUUAAAGCGCGUCCUUUCAACCUAACAAUUAUUUCUUAUUUUAUUUCAUGACAUUUUAAUCCCGCCCUUCCUCCCAAAGGAGCACAGGAUGGCAAAUUACAAAACAGUUAAAAACAAAGUAAUAAUACCCAUUUUCCAAACAAUCUUCACCCCUAAAUACUUCCAACCAGUGGCGUAGUGUGGGUUGCCAGUGUCCAGAGCCACGCAGAAGGAGGGUUGCAGGGAGGGAAACUAACGGAGUACGCAUGCACAUUCAACUGCCUAAUGGCAUCUGCAUCACCCAGGUGAUUGCAGCUGCAGAGAUAAGAAAAGAAGAGUCUUUGGUAAAAUGUGUAUAUUUGUGAAAGUUGUGUACAUUGGCAGAAAUUUGUGCUAAAAUGUUGAUGAGUUUUCAUGAGGAGUUUUUAAAAAAGAUCGAAAGCCUAUGUGGAAAUGUGGAGAACUGAAUUUAAGAUUGAAAAAACUGAGAAACUGAGAGAAACCGAAAUUAAUAGAUUGGUACUUCCCCACUUGUACCAAAGGCUACAAUCCUUUACUCAUUUCAUUUGUUAGUCCCUAUCCCUAUCCCUAUCCCUACCCCAAACCCACCAUUUCUCUUAUGGACGUCCUCUUCUGAGGAACAGGACAGACAUCACUGGGUGAAUGAGAUGGCUGUGAUGACGGUCUGCAUGCUUGAGGAAUUUGUGGAUUCUGAUAUGAAUUAAUCUGAACUGCAAUCUCCAGUAAAGCCUGCAGACUGGAACGCAGAUUUCAUACUUCUCUGACUUUUGUGCUGCAGUUUCAUCUUUUUUUUUUUUUAAAAAAAGGCAUGUAUGUAUGUUAGGAUAAAGUGCAUUUAGAAAUGCAUACUUUGAGAAAAAAGGUGUUCAGAAAUGCAUAAGAUGUCAGGUCCUGCAUCUCCUUCCAGUCAUCGGACCAAAUGACCCCAAGUCCUAGUAUAAUAAUAAUAAUAAUAAUAAUAAUAAUAAUAAUAAUAAUAAUUUAUUAUUUAUACCCCGUCCAUCUGGCUGGGCUUCCCCAGCCACUCCGGGCAGCUUCCAAAAAAAUAUUAAAAUACUGUAAUACAUCAAACAUUAAAAGCUUCCCUAAACAGGGCUGACUUCAGAUGUCUUCUAAAAGUCUGGUAGUUGUUCUCUUUUGACAUCUGGUGGGAGGGCGUUCCACAGGGAGGGCGCCACUACCGAGAAGGCCCUCUGCCUGGUUCCCUGUAACUUCGCUUCUCGCAGUGAUGGAACCGCCAGAAGGCCCUCGGUGCUGGACUUCAGUGUCCGGGUAGAACGAUGGGGGUGGAGAUGCUCCUAUGAGAAGGAGCGGGGGAUACUGCUCUGUCCCCACCCAUUCUGUAAUGUUUGACACUCUCUCCAAACACUGUGUUGUUGUUGCUUUACAGCAAGCUUCCCCAGUGUUUUGCAUUGUGCAAACGUCACCAUUGUUGGUCAAGACGUCUGUCGGUCCAUUUACCCUAAUUAUCUCAAUGAGAACAUGGUUUGCGCUGGCAGUAUGGAAGGAGGCACAGAUGCUUGCCAGGUGAGUUGAAUUGAUUUCCACUAAGCCUGAGAAUAUUCCUGAGGACUAGGUGAAUGCCAGUGGACAAAAGUGUUUUCUGGAAUCUUGUAGAUUAGCACUCUUUAACCUUUUAAGAAAAUCCACCUUUAGCCCAAUCAAGCAUUUGAGGUUUUUAGGUCUUAUUGUGAUAGCUCUGCUGUUGUGAUCUGUCUUAGGUUAAGAUUCAGUGUCGGGUCACAUCCUACCAAUUGAAGACCUGUACUAGUCAGGAAGCUAAACAAGAACUUUAUUGUUCCACUUGAAGAAGAACAGAACAGCAGAUAGAACUAAGUCCAGUGCCACCUAGUGAUGAAGCUAUAAAAUUAUGCUUCUCAUACAGCAGGAAAUCAACUCUACAAGCCAAAUGAGGCAGAGAUGCAGUGAAACAAGAAAUGAAACCACAGAGCAAAUUGAAUCAAGUGAUAAAAUUAACCACCAAAAGCAGUAAAACAAGAAACAGAACCAUACGACAAACUGAAUUAACCACCGGAAUUAGCCACUGAAAGAUAAUUGCUUGCUGCUUCUGCGAUUUCUCUCAUUUAUCUGGGCUUUUAUCAGUGUCAUCUUGGUGGUUAAUUAAACCUGUGGUGUGAUUUGGGUUUCCUAUUUCACUAUAGCUCUGUUUGGUAGGGUUGAGCCAUGAAGCUGGCCUCCCAAAAGUGACAUCACUCCUCCUCAAUGAGCAUUAGGACCAGUGAGGGUCUUGCCUUAGUGAGAAGGGGCAUAGCCUAGAGGGGUGUGUGCGUAUGUCCCAGUGAGAGUCCCAAGGGCCAGACAGAGAGUCACAUUCAGCCUAUGGGAUGGAAAUUCCUCACUCCCAGCACAGUCUUCAAAACAUCUUCUGUUCUAGAUUCACCCUUGAUAUUUCUAACAAGCUGCCUGAGACGAAAGACAGAAUGGUGCCCUCACCAAUUCACAUACAGAAACUGAACAAAGUGGCAGCUGAAUCUUACUUCAAUACUGCUGAUAGGGUUGUAGGUAAGACUAGUCCUACUCUGAGUAGACCCAUUGAAAUGAACAAACAUGUCUAAGUUAGAGCCAUUCAUUUUGAUCAGGCAUAGGCAAACACUACAACUCCCAUCCCAUCAUGAGAUGGGACCAGUGGUCAGGGAUGAUGGGAAUUGUAGUCUCAAAACAUCUGGAGGGCCGAGUUUGCCUAUGCCUGAUUUUGAUUGAUCUACUCAGAGUAAAACUUAGUUGUAUACAACCCAUAGUCCUCCACUACCCAUGAGGAUGGCAAGCCAUAUAGUACAUGGAGCUUCUUUGUCUGCUACACCUCAAUACCACCCUCCAGCAUUUGCCACCUGAGGCGGCUGUCCAAAUCUGCCUAAUAGUAGGACAGGCCCUGUCCCAACAAUAAACACACACCACUAAUUAGUUAUAAGAAACUUUGAAGAUCUGCCACAGGCCUUGUGCAAAUCAUUCUCCCUGAGCUUUAUUUACCUCACAAGUGAACUGUCAGUGAAGGAUCUGGAGAAGUGAUUGUGCUUUGUUUUAUUUUUUUUCUACAGGGUGAUUCAGGCGGCCCCCUUGUCUGCAACGGGAAGCUGCAAGGGCUUGUAUCAUGGGGGCCCCAGAUUUGUGCACAACCUAGGAGGCCUGGCGUCUAUGUGAAUGUAUGCAGAUAUGUGGACUGGAUCCGAGAAACUAUCCGCAAUAACUGAUGAUCCUGUGGCAGUUGGAGCAAAGGAAGCUGCCUUAUACCAAAUUAGAGCACUGCUCCAUCGAGUUCAGUACUGUUUACACUGACCAGAAGCAGCUCUCCAUUGUUUUAAGGUAGAGGUCAAUCCCACCCUUUCCUGGAGAUCCCAAAGACUGAACCCAC